UUAACCCCCAACAACAACUGCUCCCCGGGCGCCGAUGACAUGGUUAUUGAUUAAGGCAUCCCCUCGCACCUCUCUGAUUCAGACGGGUUUGGUUAAAUACCGAAGACACACUUCGUUGAAUGCAUUCCGUUAUGCAACUGACUAGGUAUACCCCUUUCGAUUUCACGACAUAUGCGUGUGCAUAUCGUACUGUAUAUCGUGCAUGUAUCGUAACAGAAAGCACGCCACAACUGUAAUACAACAGUCAGCUACUCUAGUAGUCUAUGUACAGCCUUCUUUUCCCCACUAAAACUAAGUGUGCAAGGUUGAUUCAUAGUCUUUGAGGUGACCAAGAAGACAUGAGUGUAUCCUUACAGGGUGAGAAGACAAAGUAGCCACCGGUCACCGACUGCUAAGAGCGUGCAUUUUUCUUAUUUCAUUAUUCAGAGAUAGUUAAUUUUUGUUAUUUACGGAUACUUUUUUUGUUAGGUCUAUAGAUUGCAAAAGUUAUUUUUGUAUACAGGCAUCAAAGGAACUUCUAGGAAGGAGUUGUUUCACCCGAACUGCUUUCACUUCCGGACAAAAUAUUGCCCAAUGCGCAUGCGCUCCCCCCAACAUGGCAGCUCAGGUAGAACUGUCAUGUUUAGAUACAUUUCCAACCCACUUAAAUCCUUUGCACGUGCUUGUUAUCAAGUCACAAUUUAGAUAUGCGUUUCCAAGUUGCAAUGAGCCUACUUCGACCCUUUUAUUCACAUCACGGAAGCUUCAAACACUCGGGAAAACUGCCGUUUUGCUCUGCGCGCACUCAACAGAGGAGACGUCAGGUUGUGGGGCGGAUGGAAACGACACAACUUUAAAACUGUACACAAGUAAGAUCUUUCUCAAACACUAUGGUCUCCAGGAUGAUAUAAGGGGAGUUGUACGCCCACUGUCACCGUUUUCCCUUGGAAAAGUUGUUAUAGGGGCACGAACAAGACAGAGUUUCAAGUGGGCAAACUCGGAUAAGUUUUCCAAUGGACUUCUCAUACUGGCUUCGUGCCAAGGUCAACCCCUAUUGGCACGACAAGGGGACUCGCUAUCACUUCCCUAUCACCCUUUACUUGGAGAUGAUAUAUCUCAAGUGCAACACUCUCUGUUCGAUUUAGUUGUGUUGGAGUGUACACCUCUAACGCAGGGGAUGAUAACAAUCAACACAACAGUGGUGGUCACCGACUGCAGAGACAUUGCGCAACAUGGUGCACUGGAGACGUCGAAUCCUUUGGCUACUAGAAAUUUGACCUCGCUAUUUGUCUCUGAUUUUGCACACUACGCGAAUAGUCUUGGCGGGGGAAGCUCUUUACUUGACAACAGGCAAGUAUUGGACUCGAGUUUAUCCGUUUUUUUGCAAGCACUGGAGUGUAGGCUGGAUGUCAGAAUCGUGGAUAUUCGUCGCUUGUACGGUCAAGGGAGAAUUGUACUAGUGGAGAAGCGCGAUGCUAAAAUCGAUUUUGACAGUACUGUUUUCGUAAGCAAACAGUUGCUGCUCAAACUCGGGUUAUUCAACCGUGAGUGGGUAGUGGUGUCUAGGUUUAACUGCUCAUCAGAAAUGACAAAGACGUCCUACAGAGGCGAAUCCCUGCCAAGUCCCGGGCAAGCCGAUGAUGACGCACCUGGCAAAGAGCCAUCUAAGGGCACCGAAAUGGUCCAUCUCGGCUCGGUUGUUGUGGCAGAUUUCAGCAAGUGUGCAGAGUUGGACCUUCAUGACAACGUUGGCUUCAUAUCGCCGACUCAUUGGUUCAACUUGUCAAACGGAGAGCCAGUGCCAGUCAGUAGCAGAGCUGUGAAGAUAAAGAGAUGGAACCGGGUCGUUUCUCAGUCAGGUCUUCAGCUUUCUGAGAGCCUCUCUCGAUCAGCAUCACCGCUGUUAGCCAAAGAACUCCAUAUUGAUGCUGUCAUCUCCCCAGAAUACAGUUCUCAUGGUCCCUUUGACAGUAUCCUCUGUGAGCACUUUACCAUACCAAGACUUGUGCAGCUGGGCGGUGUUUUGGGCAUCCCAUCUGAAGGGCAUCCUGAAGUCUUGGAGAGCAACUCUGAGGGAAUCACAAGGUGGCCGGUUGUGUAUUUCAAAGUGAAAAAGGUUUGUGGCUCUACAGAGGAGGAAGACCAAGGUCCUUACCUUGCAGACACCGUCCACACAUCUCUAUACAUGGGCGGCUCCACCAAUAGCCUGGCUCCCUGUUCUCUUGUUGGUGAGGAGCCUUCCCUCUGGACUAGCCUGUCUCCCCCUGGGCUCUCCAGCACCGUGGACCAAUUCUCCACUAUCAUCCAGCCCCACAUGAAUGAAAGCUCUGCUGCUCUGAUGAGUGGCUGCACCAUCCUCCUCCUGGGACCGAGUGGCAGUGGCAAAUUCACCUCUGUCAGAGCUGUAUGCCGUAGACUCCAUCUGCACUUAGUGAAGGUGGACUGCGUGACCCUCUGCGCCGACACGGCCGCCGCCUGCGAGGCGAAGAUGAAGUCUGUCUUCCAGCGAGCUGAGGCCCACCGGCCGUGCAUUCUGCUGCUCAGGAACCUGCAGCUGCUGGGCCAGCCCAGGGAUGGCACCGAGGAGGAUGCCAGGGUCAUAGACGCCCUGUGCCAGUUCAUUGCCCACUCCCCUGCCAGCGUGGUCGUGGUGGCAGCGGUGAGUAAACCCCGGGAGCUGUCGUCUGAUGUGAUGGCAGCCUUUAUCCACCAGGUGUCGAUAGAGAGCCCCAGUGAGGAGCAGCGCCGGGCCAUGCUGGCCAGCCUCAGCGAGGGCAUGCCCCUGGGGAGGGACGUCAACCUGGCCAGGCUGGCCAAGAACACUGCGGGCUUUCUAUUGGGGGACCUCAGUGCACUGCUGACUCAGGCUGGUAAAUCAGCCCACGGAAGGAUACUGCAAUCCUGUUUCCCAGAGGGGGGCAGUGUGCAGGAGGAAGAGGACCUCUGUGCCUGUGGGGUAACCAUCCUGGCCCAGGACUUCACCAAUGCCUUGGAGACCCUCCAAGACGCCCACUCUCAGGCCAUCGGAGCCCCGAAGAUCCCCAGUGUGCGCUGGCAGGACAUUGGCGGCCUGCAGCAGGUGAAGCGGGAGAUCCUGGACACGGUGCAGCUGCCCCUGGAGAGGCCCGAGCUGCUGUCCCUGGGCCUGCGCCGCGCCGGCUUGCUCCUCUACGGGCCUCCCGGCACGGGCAAGACCCUGCUGGCCAAGGCUGUGGCUACCGAGUGCUCCAUGACCUUCCUCAGUGUCAAAGGCCCGGAACUCAUUAACAUGUACGUGGGUCAAAGCGAGGAGAACGUGAGAGAGGUGUUCUCCAAAGCUCGAGCGGCGGCCCCUUGUAUCAUCUUCUUUGACGAGCUGGACUCUCUAGCGCCCAACAGAGGGCGCAGUGGAGACUCUGGUGGAGUCAUGGACAGGGUGGUCUCUCAGCUCCUGGCUGAGCUUGACGGACUUCACUCCUCUGGGGACGUGUUUGUGAUUGGAGCCACCAACCGGCCAGACCUGCUCGAUCAAUCACUGCUCAGACCUGGCAGGUUUGACAAAUUGGUGUAUGUUGGGAUCAAUGAAGACAAAGAGUCUCAGCUGCAAGUUCUGAAGGCCAUAGUCAGAAAGUUCAAGGUGGACCCCAGCGUCAGUCUCCAGGAUGUAGUGGAACGCUGCCCUCCUCAGCUCACAGGGGCGGACAUAUAUGCUCUCUGCUCCGACGCCAUGAUGUCUGCCAUUAAGAGGAAGAUUGCACGUGUCACCGAUGGUCUGGACACCGAGGAUACUCCUCUCAUACUCUCUGCCGAAGACUUUAACCAAGCAUUGGAUUGCCUCAAACCGUCCGUCUCUGAACAAGAGCUGCUCAAAUAUAAACUCAUUCAGCAGAAACUCACUGCAAAAUAACCAAGCCACCCAAGCCUAGUGCCGCCCAGUUAUGGAGCUAAGCUAUUCUCUUCUGCAUGCACUACGUUACCCCAAAUCCUCUUCCACAAGCGUGUAUUCCUCAAGAGUGUUGGCUCUGCAAAAAACUGUGGUUGUGAGAUUCUCUUCCUUUUCUCUGCACUAAUGAGUGAAUGAGCCGUGUCAUUUAGUCCAAGGGACCAAAC